AUGAACAGAUCUCCUGGCGAAUUCCAACGGUUCGCAAAGACAUUUCAACAGCAACUGGCCCGGGCCCAGCAAGCCGGGGGUCGCCGUGGUGGUGGGCAAGCUCCACGUGGAGCGUUUGCAGGUUUGGGUGGACUUAUCCUAUUGGGAGGUGGUGCGAUGGCUUUGAACGCCUCGUUGUUCAAUGUGGAUGGUGGCCAUCGUGGGAUUCUCUAUUCGCGUUUGCACGGUGUUCAAAGCACGAUUUUGAACGAAGGUACUCACUUCGCAAUUCCGUGGUUUGAGACUCCAGUGGUCUACGACGUGCGUGCUAGGCCUCGCAGUGUUGCGUCGCUCACGGGGACUAAGGACCUUCAAAUGGUGAAUAUAACGUGCAGGGUUUUAUCUCGGCCCGACGUGACGGAAUUACCGACUAUUUACCGGACGUUGGGUCAGGAUUACGACGAAAGAGUUUUGCCCAGUAUUGUCAAUGAGGUGUUGAAAGCUGUUGUCGCGCAGUUCAACGCGUCACAAUUGAUCACGCAGAGAGAAAAGGUGUCUCGACUUGUACGUGAAAAUUUGAUGCGUCGUGCUUCUAAGUUUAAUAUUUUGCUGGACGACGUCUCGAUCAUAUUUAUGACGUUUUCGCCGGAGUUUACGAAUGCUGUGGAAGCCAAGCAAAUUGCGCAGCAGGACGCGCAGAGAGCCGCGUUUUUGGUUGACAGAGCACGCCAGGAGAAACAAGGUAUGGUCGUGAAAGCUCAAGGUGAAGCUAAGGCUGCCGAAUUGAUCGGUGAAGCGAUUAAGAAAUCAAAGGAUUAUGUGGAGCUGAAACGUCUUGACACCGCGCGUGAAAUCGCAGACAUCUUGAGUAAAUCUCCUAACCGGGUCAUUCUUGACAAUGAGGCGUUGUUGCUGAACACUGUCGCAGACGCAAGACAAAGAAAGUAA